UCCCGUGAAUCCUUGAUCAACUCAUUUAUUGUUCCUCUAUUGUCAGGAUAUUGAGAUUAGUGUUAAGACUAGGGGUUCACAUAAUGGCUUUCAUCGAUUUCAAUUCCCCAAAUGCUAUUCCAGCAUCAUUAGUGUAAUGAAACGAUCCUGCAUAAUUUGGACCAAACGCGACGUCACGACGGAGCGCACCAGUCGCGGAAGUGACGUGUCGAGCCGUGCCAGAGGAAGUUUCUAGGCGCUGGAAGAGAAAGUUUCCCCGGAGCGGCUGCGCUUGGAUCGGGAAUAACACGAAAACAGCCGCCGCUGGUGUACCGAGCGGACCGGAGCGGACAGAAAGCGCGCCGUUUGAACGCGUGGAUGCUCGUUACAGCGUUGGAUAGGCGUGCAUUCGAUUCGUGUGCCCGUGUGAUCGUCUCUCCGCCGCUCCUCCUCGCCGUGAGAUGGGGAAGGAGCAGGAACUGCUGGAGGCGGCGCGCACCGGGAAUCUGGCCGCCGUUGAGAAGCACCUGUCCGGCAAGAGACAAUCGGCCGGGUCGGGCGCUGCGGGAGGCGGCGGAUCGUCCGGGAAUGUCGGGAGCGGCGGGCACAGCUCUUCCCACCCGCUCUCUAGUCUGCUCAGUAUCUGGAGGGGACCAAAUGUGAACUGUGUUGAUAGCACUGGAUACACACCUCUACACCACGCUGCUUUAAAUGGACACAGUGAGGUGGUCGAGUUACUGCUGCGAAACGAGGCUAUGACGAACAUCGCUGACAACAAGGGCUGUUAUCCUCUGCACCUCGCUGCUUGGAAGGGAGACCAACGCAUCGUCAAACUUCUCAUCCAUCAUGGGCCAUCUCACCCCAAACUCAAUGAACAGAGCGUUCUAGACUACAAAGAGUUCAAACGCUGUGGCCCAUUUGACCCCUAUAUUAAUGCCAAGAACAAUGACAAUGAAACGCCGUUACACUGUGCGGCGCAGUACGGACACACUCAGGUGGUGCACCUGCUACUGGAGGAGUUAACCGACCCCACCAUGCGCAAUAACAAGUUCGAGACGCCGCUGGAUCUGGCCGCCCUCUACGGCAGGCUGGAGGUGGUCAAACUUCUGCUUUGCGCACAUCCCAACCUGCUCAACUGCAAUACUAAGAAACACACCCCUCUCCACCUGGCGUCCCAUAACGGACACCUGCCCGUGGUGGAGGUGCUGCUGGCAGCCGGUGUGGACAUCAACUACCAGACAGAAAAAGGUAGUGCUCUUCAUGAAGCCGCUCUCUUUGGAAAGACAGAAGUGGUACAAAAACUUCUCAACGCAGGUAUUGAUGUGAAUAUCGUCGACGGAAAAAAUCUGACAGCGCUGGACACUGUUAGAGACAUGCCUUCUCAGAAGAGCAGACAGAUCGCUGGCCUCAUACAGGCUCAUAUGAGCGGUCGUAAGACAGACAUGACUCUUCCCCCUCCACCAGUGCCUCCACCUCAAGACAACCUGAGCCCAAAGAGAAAAGGAGAAAUGGAGCAGCAGGUCAGUGAGCUCAUAUCCGGCUUGGCUCCGGCUCCCGUGGAAGAGAGCCCGUAUGAAGCUCUGUGCGAAGCGUCCUCGUGUCACUCACUGGACAGCCUCGCCAGCGGAAAAUCAUCGGACAGAGAUUCCGGACGACCGGACAGUGAAGGCGGGAAGAAAGAUCAACCGUCUUCUCAUCAGGCCGGUCACGGGCAGGAGGAGGAGCUCAGCUCUGAGGCGGUUUACACCAACAGCAGUGUUGAUGAACGUGUCGAGUCAGAGGAGGACCACACAUAUGAGCUGUUGCUCACCGCACAGACCAAAACCCCCAAAGCCUCCCAAAACAAAACGGAUGAGGAGCCGUCGGCCAAGUCUUCCAACAGUGUCCUACCUCAGCGGAAGAACUCCUCACACAGUGACCUGCGACCGCCAGCGUCCAGCACAAACGCACUGCAGCUGCCAGCACCGGCUUUUACCACAGGCCAGACAUCUGCAGAGAGCUCAUCGCAGGAUUUAAGCGCAGCCGUUCCCGAGCAGUUCACCGGUCUGCUUCACGGUUCCUCACCGGUGGUCGACCACAGGGAGGGAGCUUUCAAACUGCCUUCUUCUCGAGUCAAGUCUUGCGAAGCUUCUGACACAUCCACCGGCGCCGCGCCUCUCCCCAAUCCCACCUCGGCGGUCGUCAUGGAAACCGUUCUCCAGGACACUGACCCUCAAGCUAUCUACGCCACAGUACACAAAGAGCCACGGGAUUCGCCGAAGCGCAACUUGCCUGCUCGCGAUUCUCCGUCAACGAGGAGAAUGCCUCCGCCCGGUGAUCUCAAGCUGGCUCGUAGCCUUUCGAAGUCCGACUCGGACCUGCUGGUGUCCCCACCGGACGAGGAAGGGACGGGGCUGGGUGGCCGAAGCGAGUCGGUGUCCAACUGCAGCACUGCGAAGAGGAGGCUGGAGAAAUCACCUUCGUUUACUUCAGAAUGGGAUGAGAGACAGAGGCGUUCUCUCUCUAUUCCCUGGAGACCACGAGCCACCAAAAAAAUUGAGAAGAUCAUGACUCUGAUUGGAGCUGGCAUUGAUUUCUCCAAAGACCAGGACUGUCCCGUCUCAGGUGGAGCUGGGCGGCUAGUCGAUCAGCCUGUUGGUGAUUGGCUGGAGCAUAUAGGCCUUCCGCAGUAUGAGAGCAAGCUGCUACUCAACGGCUUUGAUGACCUGCGGUUCAUGGGGAGUGAUGUCAUGGAAGAACAGGAUCUGAAGGAAAUUGGCAUCACGGAUCCUGUACACCGGAGAAAGAUCCUGAAUUCUGCUCGCUCUUUACCAAAGGUGAGAGCAUUGGGUUGUGAUGGAAGCACAUCUCUCGCCGCCUGGUUGGAUGUUCUGGGUCUUCAGGAAUAUCUGCACAACUUCCUGUCCAGAGGCUAUCGCACACUUGAGUGUGUGAAGAACCUUUGGGAAUUAGAGAUUGUUAAUGUGCUGAAGAUCACGCUGUUGGGUCACAGGAAACGGAUUAUUGCAUCAUUAGCCGAACGGCCCUAUGAGGAACCUCCGGUCAAACCGCCCCGCCUCUCUCAGAUCAGAUGUCAGGACCUCGUGUCACAGAGUUCAUCUCCUCUGAGUCACUCGGACUCCUACACAUGCUCAAUGGAUCCUCUGCUGCCCACAAUAGAUUCUGGGAGGAGGAAAGGACCCGAAUCUGACUGCGACCUGACCUCCCGACAAAGGCCCAAUGACAGAUCACAACCACAGGAGAGGUAUGAGGAACGUCAACGGGAACCUCGCUUGACCUUACGACCCCCAAGUUUGGCGGCACCUUACACGCCGGUCCAAAACUGGCACCAUCAACCUGAAAAGCUCAUCUUUGAAUCGUGUGGAUAUGAGGCCAAUUAUCUCGGCUCAAUGCUCAUUAAAGAACUUCGAGGAACCGAGUCAACGCAGGACGCCUGUGCUAAAAUGAGGAAGUCGACAGAGCAGAUGAGGAAGAUCCCCACCAUCGUCCUCUCCAUCACAUACAAGGGUGUGAAAUUCAUUGAUGCUGCCAACAAGAACAUCAUCGCAGAACAUGAGAUCAGGAACAUCUCGUGCGCGGCUCAGGACCCAGAAGACCUCUGCACCUUCGCUUACAUCACUAAAGACCUGCAGAGCAGUCAUCAUUACUGUCACGUCUUCAGCACCGUAGACGUGAACCUGACCUAUGAGAUCAUUCUGACACUGGGACAGGCAUUUGAAGUGGCCUAUCAGCUAGCACUGCAGGCCCAGAGGACCAGACAACAGCAGAGCGCUGCAGGGGGAGCAGAAAUCAUCGAGACCAAGAGCAGCCGACCCGUCCCCAAACCUCGAGGGAGUAUGCGCAAGUCAGGGGUGGAAGCGAUGGAUGUGGACGCUCACGGUCAGAGCAGCGCCGCCUGGAUCCUGGACUCCAAAGAUCCCAAACGCACCGUCAGCACCAAGUACGAGACCACCAUAUUCUGACUGGACGAUCCUCUCCUCCACGCUCCUCCCUUCUCAUCUUUUCUUUCGCUCUGUGCCUUUACUCUCUAGAUAGACUCUGACUCCUCCUCUCUCACCUCCGUACACGGAAGCCAACUGCUCCUUUAACUCUGUCUGUCUCACACAGUCCUGCUGAGGUUCUGCUCUUACUGUCCAACCAUCUUUUCCUGAGGCUUACACCGGCCCAAAGAAACCUUCACAAACAGAUUUCCCUCAGUCCUCACGAUUGUCCGGUCGUAGCCCUUUAAGUUUGUAAAGCUAUGCCGCUCACUUUAGGAGCAUCUCUCACCUGUAGUCUCAUCCAGACUGGCCUGAAACCAAAGUCAAACUGUGCCGAGGACCAGAUCAUCUCUGUUAGUACAGUCAUUCUUCACAACUGACACAACUAAAACUUGACACUGUCCAAUGGAUUCUCCAUUCAUCAUUGAUAGUGACCGUUUUUUCUCUUGAUGUUUUUGAUUUUUUCCUGUUCUGGUGCUUCUCCAGCAGACGUUGGCUGCAGUCACAGUGACGAACUGAUGAAGAACUUCGUCAUCGUCGUCCGCAUCAUUUUGAGAUAAAAACCACUGGUUCUGCGAAUAUGUAGCAUCAGAUCACAGGAUAUAUGAGGCACUUUAAAUGAGUAGGGUACAAACUGGUGCCCUUUUUAUUAAUGCAAUAAAGGCACAAAAAAAACUAUUUGACAUGUUAGAUAAACUAGCAUUGUUCAUUGCACGACAAGUAGUCUUGACCUUCUCUUAUAUGUUUUGAGUAAUCGUAAUACAGAAGCAUAAAAAUUUGAAAAUACGCCCUCGUUUUAGUACAUGAUUUCGAAUAUUUUUCAUUAAAUGUUUUUUUUAAUUUAUGGCAUAUUUCGGUUUAGUCCCAAACUACCUAGCCCUUACUGAGCAGUAACCUAACGUUGUUAAUAACUGUGUGUUCACAUCAAACGCUCUAUAUUACUCUAGGAUUAUUUGUUUUUCGCUUCACUUGCGUGAAUAUACACAGGACGUGUCAAACUGUAGUAGUCAAUAAGCUCUUUGCCCAAAUAUGCCACUCAUUGUGAAAUGUUUCAACUUGCGCUGAAGACGCGAUUGAAACGAAUAUCGCAUGUUCGCGCAGUCGCACCGCCCAGUUCGCGCCAUUCACGUCUGUCUGCAACUUUGCAUUGACUUUGUAUGUAAUUUACUCGCACAAAUAAUUCAAUUCGCUCUUGGUGUAAACACUAUAACUCUAUUGCCCAUUCUAUAUUACAAUGUUAAGUAAUGAUAUUUGAGGUCUAUUUCUGAAUUGUCCAUUUUAACCUGUAUUCAGAUUCAUGUAACAUGGUUUUACAAAGCUAAAACUAUCAAGCCUUAUUGGGAUGAAACUAGUAUUUCCAGGGAACGCUGGAGAAAUUUGUGUUUUACAGACUUAGUUUGUGACCAAGUCUGUUUUUUGUCACAAACUCUUUAAAAUUCCAGAGCAAUUUAAGAAACGGUUUUUCGUAAAACUCUGUUGUCCGCUUUUCUGUGUUUUGGUCGACAUUAACUACUGUUGAAGUUCAUACCAUUGGGUGUUUUCCGCUUGCUCUGUCCCAUUCAUUAUGGAUGUAGGUGCCAUAUAUACAAAAAACAUCAUAUUAGUGAAAUAAAUAGGGUAAAAAAAAGACUAUUGCCACUGGGAUAUCAGUGUCAGGUAAGAUCCUGACAUUGUAGGUUUAUGUAUUUCAUUAACAAAUAGUAUAAAAUAAACUGAACAGGUCUUUUAUUUAUUUCAGUGGUUUUAUUAUAAACAGGCAGUUCUAAAAACUCAUGUUACGCUUCUUUUAGUCAGAUUAUUAUUUAGUCUGAUUAUUAUUUAUAUAUUAUUUAGUCAAUCAUUACAAGUAAAUUAAUUUUCAAUAGGUUCAUUUUUUAAAUAAUGAUUGAAACAGUUUUUAAUAGUAAUUUUAUUUAAUUAUUUUAUGUAAUUUGUGAAAAAAAAAUAUUUUAGUUGGAAGCAAUCAUAAAACAAACAUUGAGUGGUUAAGCUCCUUUUUUCACUGUUCUCCUGUUUUGUACCCUUUUCAUGGAAAGUGCCAGUAGAUAAUCAGAUGCAAGCUUUUUUUAGUCGUUGUUUCCUUUAAAUCUUCGGUCUAUGAACUGUGAGGACUUGAUGAAUUCUUAGUCCUGUUUUGUUACUAUGCACUACCCUGGCAUCUGUUCAGUCCUGUAUUUUACAUCCAGGUGGGACGUUGGAAGCCGUUACAUUACUGUUCUUUUAUUUCGCUGCCAAAAUAUGGAUUUGUGUUUAACACUGUGAUGUGACAUGCAGUCUUACGUCUGAGUAAUCAGACCAGGCUGGGCCUAAACGUCUGAACCAAAUCACAGAAGUAUUUGAGAACGCUCGCGAUGUGUCUGAUGCCAACACGUCAAAGUAAAAUAAUGUCGCAUGUGUAUCAGUGACUGUAUCAAGUACUUGCCGAAUAAGCCGUCUCAUAUCAGUGUUGUGGCAAACACGUGUCCAAGAGUGUCACGGCAUAUCGAUCCGAGAUGUGGCUAGGACAUGCUGUUGGCUGUUUCAUGUUCCUGUCUCGGGAUUUGAAGGUGGAAAUGUGUUUCGAUAUUUCUCACAAGCCUUAAUCCUCAUGUGAUCACAAGAGAUGGGUGCUUAAGCAUUUACAAAUAUGUAGCACACAGCGAAUAUAAAUACUAGACACGCUGACAGUCUGUCAGUUUCAUCUUGAGAAAAGUGUUCAAGAUCAUAACCAAACUAACUUUAUUACCUGCUGCUUAUUUCUUCAUCGCCUUUAUUUUUCUUACGCCAUUCUGUCUCGUGUUGUCACGCAAAAUCCUUUAUCCUUCACAAGAUCCUGCCACCCUUGGAUCGCUGCAAACAAGUCGCUAUGUGAAAACCGAAUGAAUCCGCCGACUGUUGUAGUAUGUGCCAACACAACCCUGAUAGCAAAAUUAAUUUAACAUUGGUUAUUGUCAACAUUGAUUCAACAUUGAGUUAUAAUUAUGAAUAGCAGUUUUGUGUCAACCUUAUUGAAUAUAGUUGAAGAAUUUAUUUAGGGGUCCGAGGGGUUUGGGGUGACUUCUUACCUUCCUCUUAAUUUUUCUUUUCCAAUGUGUGUUGUAAAUGUUAUCAUUUUAUCCAAACCUUACAUUUUUUUAAUCCCUGUAUGUGUGUUUUU